AUGGCAUCUUCUACCAUCUCCUCCACUGGCGGGCCCGUCUUCUUCUGGCGCGAAUUUGAGAGCCCCUAUGGCUUCCUCUCCCAAUGGUACCCGUCGGCCUUCACCGCACCUUCCUCCACCGGCACCCUACCAAUGACGUUCGUCACCGCUGAGCAAUACAUGAUGUAUCACAAGGCCAUCUUAUUCGAUAAUCAAGAUGUAGCCGACGAGAUUGCGCUCGAGCCAGAACCAAGCAAGCAAAGGGCCCUGGGAAGGGAGGUAAAAGGGUUUGACGGCAAGAAAUGGAAUGCGAAGCGAGAGAAGGUUGUCGAAGAAGGAAAUUGGUGGAAAUUCACCCAGUCAAAAGAAGGUGAUCCGAGGAAGAUGCUGUUGGAGACAGGCGACAGGUUGUUGGUGGAGGCGUCACCGUACGAUAAAAUUUGGGGAGUGGGCUACAGCGCUGCGAAUGCGGCGGCGAACGAGGGUAAUUGGGGAGAGAAUCUACUCGGUAAAGCACUGAUGAGAGUUCGAGAUCGAUUGCGUUCAGGAGAGGAUAACACAACGGACGAGAUUAGUACAAAUGAGAAGGUAUGA